ACGCAGAAGAUACCGCCAUUUCAGAUAGUGUGCUAGCCUUUUUUUUUCUUUUUUUUUUACUUUAACCAUAAUAAUCGUUAAACCCAGUGCUUUCGAGCACUAUAGAUAUAAUAAAGAAAGAAAAUUUAUUCAGUAACUUACAUUCUCAAUCGGUGUAAUAGUCUUUCUGUCGAUCUUCAGUCGGUUUUUCGGUGAUUCUCUCUGUCGAUCGGUUCGUGUCGACACACCCAGAAACCCAAAGGAGCGGAUUAUCAUCAUUUUCGGAAACUCAGAUUUUUUUUUCUGAAAUCUACUGCAAUAUGAAGAACAUUUUAUUGUUUUUUCUAAUCGCAUUGCUUAUGGACGGUGUGUUUAGUGAGUCAGUAUCAGUGACUGAGGGAGAUUCUGUUACUCUACACACUGAUCUCACUGAAAUACAGAAAAAUGAUGUGAUACAGUGGAGGUUUAAAACCACUCUCAUAGCUCAGUUCAACACAGUGAAUACAAAGAUUUCUACGUAUGAUCUUCCUAAUGUGAGAUUCAAAGACAGAGUGGAGCUGAACCUUCAAACUGGAUCUCUGACCAUCACAAACAUCACAAAUAAACAUGCUGGAGAUUAUGAAGUAAGCAACUUAAACACCUUAAAAAGGAGCUUCAUCGUCAGUGUUGUGUCUGCUGAUGCAGUGAAGCCAGUGUCAGUGCUGGAGGGAGAUUCAGUCACUCUACGCACUGGUCUUACUGAUAUACAUGAUGUGAUACAGUGGAGGUUUGGACAGCAGAAAUCUCUUAUAGCUGAAAUCGAUAGAACAGCUGGAAUCUUCAACACAUUCAGACGCAGACUAUGGCUGGACAAUCAGACUGGAUCUCUGACCAUCACAAACACCAGAACCACAGAUGAUGGACUUUAUGAAGUUGAGAUCAGCAGCAGCAGAUACACCAUACACCAUACACAGUCAUUCAGUGUGACUGUCAGCGAUGCAGUGAAGUCAGAGUUAGUGACGAAGGGAAAAACCGUUACUUUACAGACUAAUGUUACUGAAAUACAGAAAGAUGAUCAGAUACUGUGGAUGUUUGGAGAGAUUGUCAUAGCUGAAAUCAAUAAAGCAGCCCAACGAUUCAACAAAGGCAGACUGAAGCUGAACAAUCAGACUGGAUCUCUGACCAUCACAAAUGCCAAAACCACAGACUCUGGACUUUAUGAACUGAAGAUCAGCAGCAGCAGACACAUCAUACUCAGGAGAAUCACUGUUACUGUCACUGAUGCAGGUCUGUCUACAACUGAAAAAGCAUUGAUUGGUUUUCUGGUGGUUCUGCUGGUGGUUGCAGCUGCUGUUUAUAUGAUUUACCAUUGCUGCAAAAUCUCUCAACCAAAGUUGAGAUACAAGACACUCUCAGUGAUUGAGGGAGAAACUGUCCCUCUACACCCUUCUGGUACUGAAAUCAUUAAAGAAGACAGCAUACGGUGGCUGUUUAACGAAUCUCCUUUAGCUGAAAUCAAAAGAAAGCCCCUUGCACCUGUUGAUGUUCUUCUUGAGAGUUUCAAACAGAGAUUGGAUUGGAAUGAAAAUCUUGGACCUCUGAUCAUCAAAAACAUACGAAUACAAGACUCCGGUUUUUACGAACUCCAGAUCAUCAGAUCUGAAAAUAACAUCCAGACACUGGAGAUAUUCAAUGUUACUGUCUAUGCAAAGACAGAUAAAAUAAAAAUAAAAGAGGUCAAGGAAGGAGGAUCUGUCACUCUGGAGACUGGUGUUACUGGAAUACAGAAAGAUGAUGAGAUCCUGUGGAAGUUUGAACAUGAAUACAGUCACAUAGCUGCAAUCCAAGGAGGGAAAAAGAAAACCCCAACAUUUGGUGCUGGUUGGAGAUACAGAUGCAGACUGAAGCUGGAUGAGAACGGAUCACUGACCAUCAGGAACAUCAGACCCUUGGACACUGGACUUUAUGUAUUACAUAUCACCAGACGUGGAAAUACCUCAUUACAUUUAUUCAUAGUUAAAAUCUCUAAUCCCUCUGAGCCAGAGGAGAUGCGUUUGAUGAGUGUGGGCACUUCCAACUCCUGAAUUGUCCAUUCAUUGUCAACAUUCAAAAUAAAUCAACAUCAGAUUUCUCCUCAUGUGAGCAUCUCAAAUCCCCCGUAUGAACGAGCUGUAGAUGUGUUUGUAUGCAGAUGAGCCGCGCAGUUAAACAACAGUAUAGAACACAGAAACUUUUCAUUUAUUGUGAAGUUGAAGGAUGUUCACAUUGAUCUGUAGACUAACUCUCAUCUUUAUUUGCUCCUCUAAAAUAAAUCGAAUUAAAAUUUCAUAUUCCAUACCUGUUACUCAGUGCAUAUGAUGCAUACUGGAUAAACCACUUGCUAUUUCAGCAAUUAUUAGCCAUAAUAUCUGAUGCAAAAAUGUCAUGUAUAGACUAAGAAUGCGUGUGUACUAAUCCGGUAUUUCACUGACUAAUGUGAUUUUAUUUUUAUUUUUUUCAUAUGUAUAACACAAGCAUGUUUAUUCUUCAGGUCAGAUCAGAGUCUCUCUGACACUGUAACAUUCUCUUCACUUUUAGAAGAUGAAGUGUUUAAUUCAAGAACUGUCCAGUGUCACGUCGUCUGUUCAAUCUCUUUGUUAAAACUCUGAUGUGACACAUUUAUUGCAGGAAUUAUCUACACAUUUAUAUUACUUCAGUAUUGUUUUGCUUUUCUGUUUGCUUAUAACUGGUCUUGCUAUAGUAAAUAAUUACCAUUAUCUUGUAUCCAUUUAUAUUUUGUAUUAUCUGAAGUGAAUUUGCCCAUCUGUGUCUCUGACCAGAUGUGAAUGUGAAAUUGUAAAAUCUGAUACUCUGUUCAUGAUUAAUCACUGUUGUGUGACCUUUUUGAUUUUUUUAUAGUUCUUUGAUAUGUUAUUAGAGAAGCUUCAGCUUGUAUCAUUUGUAUUUGCUGUUUUGAGCCGAACACACAGCCUUCAUUUAUGCUGUUACUGAAUAAAACAAUCAAAA